AUGCACGGGGCAACUGUGGCGCCGAUUCGGCUCGAGCGGCGACGGCUCCCGCGCGCGGUCAGCCACCGGACGCCGUCGCGGAGCCCGCAACGGAGCCCGGCCAAGUGCAAAACCGAGUCGCGACGGCCGCAGUGCAUCGACGGCGACGGCUACUGGGGGCACUCGGCGACCGUGGCGCCCUUGCCCGAGGUAUCCAAGCCGCCGAGUCCAACUGGCCACGAUAUGCAACGGCGCAGGCCGCCGCGACUGAACGAAGUCGAGCGCCACAGUCUGUCUCAAAAGGACAUCUACGACGGUCUCCGGGUCCGGGACCCGACGUCGCGCUGGCAACCCGGCGACCGCGUGUUUGCAAAAAUCACAGCUACCGAGUUUUCGCCGGGGCACAUUCAAAAGAUUGUGGCACCGCGGGUGUACAUGGUGGUGUUUGACGACGCAACGAUCGUCGACGAGAUCUACGAGACCGACAUCGACACCGAUCGCCGGCCCGGCGAGAUGAUGGGCGACGACGCAGAGGACGGCACCCCGCAACCGAUCGACGCUCCCGCCGACGAAUCGACCGAGAGCGAGAUGGUCCUUGCCGCCGCGGUCGUCACGGGCCCGACGGCAGAGCAUUUGAGCCAGCGGCAGCCGUUCUUGAACGCGACCAAGCCGCGCGAGCUGUCGUCGCAAGUCAGUUGCACGUCGUCCCAGCUGUACCCGUCCGGUGACUACUCGUCGAGCCUCGAGAUGCCCAUGGCCGAGAUCCUCGUGCUUGACAUGGCCAAGAAGCAAGAAGAGCGACUCCGGCUUGUGCACGACCGGCUCGAAGAGGUCAAAGCGCGCCUCCGGUCGCUAUCACCCUCCCUCUUAUUGAAGCGCCAGACGCUUGUCAAAGGCGCCGUCGUCAGGGUGACAUCGUCGCCGUGCUUCUUUGGGAAGCUCGAGAGCAUCUGCGCGGAAGCCAACACGUGUGAAAUCAGCAGUCUCGUGCCACCGGCGUCCGACGUCCGGACAACCGUCGGGCUGCACGAGAUCGAGGUCAUGCACGUCGCCAAAGAACUCGUGGCCCAGCAUCAAGAGCUCAGCAAGCAAGUCGACUGUUUCUUUCCUGGGGCCCGCGUUCUCUUUAUGCAGGGCGAGGACGGGCAACACCUGCAAGCCGGUGUCAUCAUUCGGCGACGGUCGCCCACCGAGUGCCAGCUCCUGCUCGAAAAAUCGAAAACCUCCGUCGACAACGUGCAUAUUCAUCAGCUUAUUGCCGUGACAUCGAACCAGGACCACAUCCCCCACGCCCCUCUCGAACCGCUCCUCAAGGUCGUCGUUGGUGCGGUCGAGUUUACGAUCCACGAGCAGGUGACGAUCCAAGACCUUGAAGCAGGCACGUCGAUGCUCGGAGUCAUCACCGAAAUCAGUUCGCUGCAAAGCGUCAUCAUCGAGUUUGACACGGGCGAAGUCGCCGCCGGGGUGCCAACCUUUUGCUUGCGAAAAUAUACCAACCGGCACGACACGAGCCGUGCGUUUCGUGCAAGUGGCCUCAGUGCCGCCUUUGGGUUGGACCGAGGCCCCGAAGCCCGUGCACUGGACGAGUGGGUCAUUGCCAAGCACCCGCAGAGCAAUCUACCCGAGCGCUGCCGCGUCGUCGGCGUGCAUGCUCACUCGUACGACGUGCAGUUCGCCGACAGUGUCGUCGCGUCACGCAUGGACACGAGUCUGGUCCUGUCGACGUCGGUGACGGCGAUUCCGACAAAGCCGCACGUGUUUGCACUUCACGACCAUGUGCUCGCCAUGAGUCCGCGGCUUCGCCGGUGCUGCUCGGGCCAAGUCGCUGCCGUCACGGUUGCAAAGCCGGCGGCUACGUACACGAUUGUGUUUGAUUACGGCGAGACGUACACCGGCGUCCCCCACGACGCCGUCCACGUGCUUGAAAACACGCUCGUGCUAACACCGCGGAAGCGCCUCACCAACCUAUGGCGGAGCGUCAACGGCCUCGAUGCGAUCGAAGAGACGACGCCGUCGUUUGCCUGCCACGGCGACCUCAUGCUGCACAAGAUGCUGUGCUCCGCCAAGAAGCGAGAGACCAACCCAGUGCACGUGGGCGACGCAAUCCUCGCCACGUUCCACGAGUCGCACAAGUAUUUUCUCGGCGUCGUGCGCGCGCUGCACAACGAUACCGAGGACCCGACCGUCGACGUGCAAUUUGCAUCGACGCUCGAUGUCCCCAACGUGCCAUUGCGCAAGGUGUUUUCGAUCGGGCACUCGGCGCCCCGCGCCUACGAUGCCGACCCCAACGCGACAUCAAAAGCUGCGAAAGAGUCGGACCUGAAUGCGCGGCGUCUCAUGGCAGCGCUGUUCACGACAACGUCGUCGCGCCGCGAAGGCCCACCGGCGCCUGCACUUCCACCGCCACCGGUGUUGACGCUCUUUGGCCGGCUGGCGCACCGGCACCAGAGUGUGCCGGUCCUCGCCAAGAGCAGUCACCCGUCGUCGAAAGAGAGUCCUCAACCAUGGGGGUGCCAGUCGUUUGCCAACACGCGCAAGCCGUCGUCGGUGCUGCCCAAGCUCUACUUUGGCGCGCGCCAGCCGUCGACCCGGCGCACUCUCUCGGCGCCCGACGACGAGAAAGGGCUGCGUCGGGUCAUCUCGGGCUUGCUCGCGCCUCCGUCAACCACGCACCGGUUUCCGCGGGGCUGCCAUGUAGCGUUCGUGGUCGAUGACACCCGCCGCGGCACCGUGGCGGGGCAUCCAGCGUCCGAUCGCUACACCGUCGUCCUCGACGACGCCGACGUCGUCGACGAUGUGGCCGAAACCGAUCUCGUCGAAUGCGCCGUGCCUCCAAGCGACGACGAUCCUGCGUUUGAUGCCGACGAUGGUGUCGAAUUUACGACGUGGUGGCUGCCGCGGAUCACGUCCUAUCUCGUGACGCGGCCAACGUCGUCGACCCGUGGCUCCAAGAUCCUCGUUGGCGAGCGACCAGCGACGUUGUCACCGGCCCCCGUGUCCAAGGAACUUGUCUCGCACGUCGAGAAGCUCAAGGCACAUGUGCUCUCUCGCCUAGAUGGAGGCACGCCGCCGACAGAGAUCGCGGUGGGCGCUCACGUUCUCGUCCGGGGUCCACCGGCCUACUUUGGAUGCAUCCAAGUCGUGUACGCCGGCGGCACCCUCCUCGACAUUCUCGACGGACAGCGCCAUUUACACCACCAAGUGUCAUCGCGCCUUGUUGAAAUCAUCACCAUUGACACACAACUGCAAGAGCACUGCGCGCAGCUGACAGCCAUGGUCGAGAAUCCGGUGGCCAUGAUCUACCCGUGGCCGUUCGUGACGUCGCAGACGCAAAUUGAAAAUGGCCGGGGGGCAUCGUUCACACUGCAUGCACGGGUGCAAGUGCGCGACACCAAGACCGCCGGACUCAUCGUCGCCAUCAACUCGAACGCGACAAUGGCGCUCGAGCUUGAAACAGGGUUUACCGACGGCUGCGUCCACUGCGACGAACUGGACCCGGCGACGGAGGACUCGAUUGAAGCCUAUAUGAACAAGUCGAGCAUCUCCAAGGUCUUUCAUCUCUCCAGCACCUCGUCGGCCCACGCAUCGACGCACGAAAGCGGCUGGUCGUCGUUGCCGCCCCUGCUCUCGGCCCGGUGUGGCACCCAGUCCCGUAUCAAGACAGACUUUCAGGCCCACGACUUGGUCUUGGCCUUUAGUCCUCGUUGGCAGCAGUACUGCGUCGGCACCGUGCUGGAGCGGACCAACGCCGGCGUCACGGUUGUCUUUGAUUACGGCGAAAUCUACGCCGAGAUGCCGCUCACCAAAGUCGUCGAUGUGCUCUACACCAAAGUCAUCUGCGACAGUCGUGGCAACCGCUUGGCGCCGACGUGGAACUACUCGCACGGGUGGGAAGGCGUGCUUGACACGUCCGUGGCGUGCAAAGGCGAUCCGCUCUUGCAUCAAAUGCUGUGCGUCCCGGCGCAGAUGCAAUAUUGGUACAGCCAGUUUCACAUUGGCGACGUUGUCCUCGCGCGGUACUGGGACUCACCGCAGUACUCUCGGGGCAUUCUCGUCAAAAUCCAUGACGACCUCAGCGUCAACAUCAUGUUCGAGUCGGGCCACCUGCAACGCAACGUCCCUUGCAGCCAUAUUCUGUCAACGGCAAAAGAGCCCGUCAAAGUGAUGGAGAAGCCGUCGCCCAAACCAGCACCGGCGUCGACGACCGACGCGUUGCCAGAGCCCAAGCGCAAGCCACAACCGCCACGGCACCACCCGAAGCGGACCAUUCUGCGACGAAUAACCCACUUGCUUGGGUUCCAUUAA